AUGAGUGAGUUGCAAGCCGUGCUUUUAUGUGCAGGUUCGGGAAACCGAAUGCCUGAAUUGACAGAGCAUCUUUCUAAGUCUCUACUACCAGUUGCCGGAAUACCAAUGUUUUGGUUUCCGUUGAACUCAAUAAGCAAAACUGGAGUGAGAGAUGUCAAGCUAAUCACUUGUGAAGAGUAUCGAGCAGAAUAUGAAAAGUUAUUGGAAGACCCUUUUUAUCAAUGGGACCAUAUGCAAGUAGAAGUUCUGUCUCUUCCACGAGAUCACGAUGACUGGGGCACUGGGGAUGCAUUCCGGCAUUUCCAGCCUAAAUUUACACAUGAUGUGCUCGUUGUCUCUGGUGAUUUUAUUAGUGACAUGUCAUUAACACCUAUGAUCGAACUUUUUCGUUGUGAGAGCGCGACAUUAUGCAUGUUGCUUUCCGAGCAUUGCAUCACAGGCAAUAUCCCGGGGCCAAAAGUUAGACGUUCUAAAGGUCGUGAUUUAGUCGCUUGGUGUGAACAAAGUAAACGGAUAGCUUUUUGUUCACCUGAAGAAGACUUUGAGAAAUCGAUUUCUGGUGAUUCAUGGAUAAAUAGGCUCAACGAGUUAACACUUACUGCAAAACUGAACGACUGCCACGUAUAUUUACUAAGAAACUCAGCAAUUGAAUUGCUCGCUACACAUAAAAAUUUUGCCUCCCUGAAAGCCGAUUUGGUUCCAUUUUUGCUUAAUAAACAAUUUGAACCAGCAGCCAGUUGUGAAUCGAAGUCUCCGCCAACUUGCUUUGUUUAUGUGCAGCCAGUGCAGAAUGGGACAAUUGUUGCUCAUGCCAAUAAUCUUGGAUCAUACUUUGAGAUCAGUAAAACGAUCUUAAAAGCUUUGCCUCGUAUCUCUCCUAGAUUAACGUUGGGACAAGAAAUCAAUUUUAAAGCUACAGGAACUUCAUGUAUAUCAAGCCGGGUAGGAGAUUCGUCUAAAAUUUCGGCGGGAGUUGUAAUCAAGAUGAGCAGCAUAGGAGAACAUGUGUUAAUCGAUGAGAAAGCUCGAAUUCAAGGAAGUGUGGUUAUGGACCGAGUGGAGAUCGGAAAAGGCGCCCAUAUUUCUAUGUCAAUUUUGUGUCCAGGAGUUAAAGUGAUGGAUGGAGCAGAAGUCGUCAACUGCAUAAUUUCAAAUGAUCAAGUUGUUCACCCAAAUGUGAAACUACAAAAUGAGCUAUUGGAAGCAGAAAGCGACGGUGAGGAUUGGCGGAAUGAAUUC